AUGGAAUGGGACUUAAAUUUGUGUUAUUCAACUUCCUCUGUUUCUCUUUCUCGACCUGAGUUUGAGCCAACAGUCGAGAAACAAACUUUACAACAAAAAAAGAAAACACUUUUGGUCGCAUCAACUUUCCAACAAUUACAGAAGCAAGCUGUCUAUAAAACCUGUACUUACAAAAAUACCACUCAACACCUCAACUCUAAAGAAACAACAAUUUUUUCUGUGUUUAUCCGUUUGAAAAGUUCGAAAGCAAAACGCAGAAAACCAGUUUUUUUUUGUGAUUUCAUUUCUAGACUGCGGACAACUUUAAAUGGAGAUGAAGAAAAAAAAAAGUCGGUUAGUCUUCCACUCACCUGCACAUUAUCACAUUUUUUUCUGGUGUGUAUAAGCAAAUUGCUUUGGUUUAUUACUGCCAUCAACUGCAGGCUAAAUUUUCACCUAUCAAAGCUAACAAUUAAAUUUAUUAUGCUUGCCAUAAUACGAGAUAGAGAGAAGGAGAGUUCAUGGCCUUGA